AGCAACUAAAAUUAAAGAAUCAGCUUUAAAAAAUUAAAAAUUUUAUUGUAGAUAAUGAGAAAUUUUCAAUUCUAUAAUUAUCAUUUUGGUGCCAAACUCCAAUAGAACUACUGAAAUGAACCCAAGGUAUUUGGGCUGGUACGAACGGCAUAACCUUUCUCCCAUUUCUCUGUGAUUAACACAUAAGUUUGUUGGAUCCAAGAAAGCCCAAAAUCCCAAAACAUUGUAAAAUAAGUUUCUACUACUUUUCUACUGAACCCAACAGCUACUAAACCGACAACAAAAAUGAUCUCUUGCUUAAUUCAGAUGGCCGUCUUUGUUCUUAUUAAAUGAAACUGGCUCUUUCCAUUUCCAUCUCUUGUAGUUCUCACCGCUUAUCACUUUACUUUCUUUAAUGUACUUCAAGCGCAAAAGGAAACCCGUAAUCAAUUCUACCUCUACUUGUAAUCCUUUACCGAAGAAAAUGCUCAAAAUUCUCAAUUUAACUCCCUCGCGGAUCAAAGAUCUUCUUUUGAUGUUUUCCCUUUCCAUUUCCAUUUUUCUCGUCUUCCGCCACCCACAAGCGCCUCUCCCACUCGCCAUUACCACCCCAUCCCCAUCCCCCACGCUCCGCAAACACCUCCUCUUCUCCAUUGCUUCCUCCUCCAACUCUUUCCCCCUCCGAAGCUCGUAUAUUCGUCUCUGGUACACUCCACUCUACACGCGCGCUAUCGCCUUCCUCGACCAACCCGUCUCUUCUUCGGUCGACCCCACUCUCCCUCCCAUUAUUGUGUCCGGCGACACCAAAUCCUUCCCUUACACCUUCAAGGGUGGUCUUCGUUCAGCUAUACGUGUGGCGCGUGUAGUCAAAGAAGCGGUUGACCGCAACGAAACGGGAAUCAGGUGGUUAGUGUUUGGGGACGAUGACACUGUUUUUAUCGUUGACAAUUUGGUUAAAGUGCUUUCAAAAUACGAUCACGACAAGUGGUAUUACGUUGGGAGCAAUUCGGAGAGUUACGAGCAAAAUUUGAAGUACUCUUUUGACAUGGCGUUUGGUGGUGGAGGGUUCGCUAUCAGUUAUUCAUUGGGAAAGGUUGUAAGUAGGGUUUUGGACUCUUGCUUGAUGAGGUAUGCUCACUUGUACGGAAGCGAUGCUAGGAUUUGGUCUUGUUUGGCUGAGCUUGGCGUGAGUUUGACUCAUGAAUCUGGUUUCCAUCAGGUUGACAUGCGGGGUAAUUUUUUUGGAAUGCUUGCUGCACAUCCGUUGUCACCUCUGUUGUCCCUCCAUCACUUGGAUGCUUUGGAGCCAAUCUUCCCAAAUAUGAGCAAGACUCAUGCUUUGGAGCACUUCUUUAAAGCUGUGAAUGUUGAUUCUUCCAGGAUUUUGCAGCAAACUGUCUGCUAUGAUCAUUUCAAUUCGUUGACUGUUUCAGUUGCAUGGGGGUAUGCUAUUCAGGUUUAUGAGGGCAACCAACUCCUUCCAGAUCUCCUUUCACUACAGAAAACUUUUUCACCAUGGAAGAGAGGCGCGAAUGUUGCGGCUCACUUUAUGUUCAACACAAGAGAAUUUCCUAGAGAUUCAUGUAGAAGACCCUUAGUAUUUUUUCUAGAUAGCGUUCUAUCAGACAAAAAUGUUGUCUGGAGCAAUUAUACCAGGCAUUCUGAUGGAGAUUGCCUCAGAGCUAAUGCAAUAAAGAACCUCAAAGAUGUCAAAGUGGUAUCGCAGAAGCUUGAGCUUGAUGCUGAGCAGAUGAUGGCUCCUCGUCGGCAGUGCUGUGAGAUUUUGCCUUCAUAUAAUGAAUCAAUGGUUAUCAAAAUUAGAAAAUGUGGAGUUGAUGAAUUGAUUUCCAUGAAUGUCUAGCACUUCUACCAGGAUGACUUUUGAUGUGUGAAAACUGAAACAGACACAAAGCAUGCGGAACUUCGAUCAACUUUUGCUCACUUCAUGCUGUAAACUUGAGUGUUCUCCAUUUAGCAGCAAAAGGCUUAGCUGUUCUUGUUGGGGACAUUAUGCACACAAGCUCCUUCGAACAUGCAACCCCCAACUGUUCCAAAGGGGAGGAAACUUAUGACUAAAGAGGUCUUAGAUCAUUGGUUUUAGCAUUGAGUGACCAUGGCGUUAAGUACUGAAUAUUGGAAUGACCUUUGAUCAAAUGGAAGCUGCUUCGACAAACUCACCUUUUAAGAUUUGGUAAAUGGUAACCGAGGAUUUUGGCUGCUUUUGGUAAAUUGAUUGGCCUAAUAUUACAUUUGGAAUUUGAUUGAAGGAGGUAUGUGAAGAAAGAUAAUAAGAAUAAUAUUUGAUUGAAGGAGGUGUAGAAAAAUUCGAUGCUGAUUACCAUGUAGCUGUAUCAUCCUGUAUGAUAUCAUCUUUUGAAAUAAAUACAGUUUUAAUGAAAUAAAUACAGUUGCUGCCAUGUACCUGAUUUUAUUCUUAAUGUCUCUUCACUCUUGUUUCUUUGGAGUCUGGACCUGCUUAACAAUUUCCAUCACGUUCUAUGGUUUUUUCUUUCUUUUUUUUUAAAUCCUUUGUGCUUUUAAACCGACAAGUAUGUUCAAACGACAUUUGCACCCUUGGUUUGCUUUCGGAAUGUCAAGAAGCAUGAUGAUAA